AUAAAAACACCGGUGCUGUUUAUAUUUUUUUCGUAAAUAAAAUCUUAAUUUAGUUUUUUGCAAGUUCCGUUUAUUGUUUCAAUGUAUGCUAAAUGAUUCAAUGAAUCAACAAAGAUAAUAUUAGAUAAUAUAAUUUCAAUGACUUUCUUUUCUCAUUGAGUGAUUACUACAAAAAUUUAAUUUAUAGGUUUUCGACAUUCGACACGUCGAAUUAUGCAGUUUUUAUAAUUUUUUUUUGAUAUUAUUUAUUUUAUUGCUCAAAAUGCAAGCUGAAGUAAAAGCAAUAGUUCAACAAUCAUUAAAAAAAGCUCGAGAACAUGAUUCAAGAGGAAAUGUAGGACAAGCAUACGCUUAUUUUACAGCAGUUGUUGAAUUGUCGCCGGAAAAUCGUUCAACAGUGGAAAAAGAAUUUACAGACGUUUUGUGCGAAUGGGGCAUGCAACUGGAACAAAAUAAUCGAAUGAAAGAUGUUAUAAAAUGUUAUGAACAUUCUUUAGAACAUUAUCCAAAAAAUUCGCGAAUGCUUAACAAUUUUGCUGCCCAUCUUUUAAGGAAUGAAGAACCAAUGAAGGCGAUAAAAUAUCUUAAACAAGCUCUAGAGGCAGAUUCAAAUUUUUUACCAGCUGAGAGAAAUUUACAAAAUGCUUAUAGUAUGGCAGUGGAUCGUUGGCAUUUUCCAAUGCUAAAUGAUAAACAGAGAAAUCAUGCGUUCGACAAAGCGAUAAGAAAAAAAAUUGCACUUGGAUAUGAUUUGGUACUUGACAUUGGUACUGGCACUGGUUUAUUAAGUUUAUAUGCACAAGAUGCUGGUGCAGUGAAAAUUUUUGCUUGCGAAAGUUCCUCGACAAUGUCGGAAAUUGCUAGAAAUGUAUUUCACGAAAAUAAUGCAUCGGCGGUAAAAUUAAUUUCAAAGAUGUCAACGGAUUUGAAAAUUAAAGAAGAUAUUCCUGAAAGAGUAAAAUUAAUUGUCACUGAGACAUUUGACGCAGGUCUUUUUGGUGAACUUGUGGUUCCAACAUUAAUUGAUGCGCACGAGAGACUUUUAUCUGAUUCCGGUAUUGUAAUACCAUCAAAUGCAACUCUCUAUGUGGCUGCAAUUGAAUGUGAAUAUAUUCGAUUUCAUUCGUCAGUAAGAUUUUGUAAUGCUCAUCAUUUUGGUGAAUUAAAUUUCAAAAAAAUAUCACUUCUACCAGAUGAAUCGUAUUAUGAUACGGAAAAUUUACAAAAUGUCAAAAUUUCACACAUCACCGAACCACGUGAUAUUUUACAUGUUAAUUUCAAUGAUUUCAAUGAAUUAUCAUGUUUCACUGUGGAUGGUGUAAAAAAUUUAAUACAAGUUGAAUGUCGUUACGCGGGAAUAAUUGACGGUCUCGUUGCAUGGUUUAAAUUACAUCUUGAUGAAGAAAUAACAAUAGAUUCAUCGCAGGGUAAAUCGUGUUGGCAAAUUGCCGUUUUUCCCUCGAUACCCACAAAUUGUGAGCAAGGUGAUAAAAUAUUUAUAUCAGCCGAAAUGGCAUCAAAUAAAUUGAGAUGUUGCUAUAAACGAAAUCGUUGCGAGGAAAUUGAGGAGGAAAUUAUUUUUCAUGUUAAUAAAGAAGUGAUUAUGUUUUUAAAUGAUACAAAAUAUAUUUCGUCAUUGAUACAAGAAGCAUUGGAGGAAAAUGAUGAAAUUGAAAGUAUAUUGGACACAUGUCCUUUUCCAAUUUAUGGAUUAACGGUGAUGAAAAAUAAUUCUAAUUGUAAAAUUUUAUAUUAUCAAAGUGAUGAUUUAAUGUUAUGCACAUUUAUUAAUAAAGUUUUCGAGGAUAGUCAAAUAAAGGGAGAAAUUCGAUUUAUCAACGAUUUCAGUAAAAUUCGUUCCAAGCUCGAUAGAAUUUUUAUUCAUAAUUUUGAUAUUAAGGGAGAAUUGAAGGAUUGGGGACAGGAAAGAUAUCACGAUUCUUUUAGUUGUUUACUAAAUCCAAAAGGAAAUUUACUACCGACUAAAAUUUUUUUAAUGGGACAAUUAGUAUUUUCCGAGGAUUUACCUAAAAUGGUUAGAGUUAAAAAUUCGAAUCUCCAAAGAUUUAACGCCAGUUCGGAAAAGAAUUCUGACGAUGAUAAUUCUUGUGAAAGUAAUCCAACACUUUUGGAUGAGAGUUCAAAUUACAAAAUCGCAGAAUUUAUCAACGAGUACCAGAUAAAUCAGGUAUUUGAUUUAAAUUCAAGUCUUUAUCAGCAUGAAGUGGUGUCAGAGGUGAAAACACUUUUGGAAAUGGAUGAAACUGAAAUACGCGAAUGUGUUGUAAAUUUUGGAAAAUUUCAAACUACAAAAAAAUUGCCAAACGCUUUGCUAGUUUGGUUUAGAAUUCAUUUGUCAGAGAAUAAUGUGUGUGAGACAAAAAGGGACGAUUCAUUCAUGAAUCAUAUGGCAGUGGUAAUGGAGGACGAAAUUAAAAAUUCUGUUCAACUUGACAAUGAAGUGAUUAUUAAAAUUCUUCAAAUGAGAGAUUUAAUUCGUAUCAGUGUAGGAAGGUAGGACUAAUUUAUACAAAAUUUACAAUUUUAAUUUGUAAAUUUUUUCAAUUACAAAAAAAAUGUUCUAUUUUUUUAAAUUACAAUUUACAAAAAAUGUGUUUUUAAUUUUCAAUAAAAUCAUUUAUAUUUCCGUCAAAAGAUUGGAAAUUCUAAAAAAAUUUUUUUGAUUAA